AUGGAGCAGCGCCACCACCCCCACAUCUCCUCCGCCGGGUCUACCACCCCGUUCGGAUCCACCGCCAGCUACGGCCACAAGCGCCCCAAGACGCGCGGCAGUUACACCUGCGGCCGAUGCGGCCAGCCAAAGAAGGGCCACGUCUGCCACGUCCGCGUCGCCGCCGCCGAAUCCGGCGCCGAUUCUCACCCCGACACUCCCAUCUCCAUCACCCGAACCCCGGCGCUGCUGCCUCCCCCGCCUCCACGUCAGCCCUACUCCAACCUCCGCCGAGCUUUGUCCUUCGACGACGUCGAGAGCUCCGGUUACGGAGACUCCGAUGCUCCGGAUCCGGAUCCGGACUUGGAUGAGAUCGAGGACACGGAGAUGGAUUGGGAUAUGGGAUGGGGCGGGCUUCCGAUGAGCUGUCUGUGGGAGAUUCUGAGGCGGCUGCCGCCGCCGGGGCUGUUAUCGGCGGCGAUGGUGUGCCGGGGAUGGAGGGAGACGACGAGGAGGCUGUGGAAGGCAGCGGAGUCCCUGAGGCUUAGGGUUCCGGCGAGGGCUCAGGUUCGGUUUGUUCGAUUGGUGUUGCACAAAUGCCACGACCUCGUUAGCCUCUCUCUCACAAUUGAAAGUGAUGUGGAUGCGACAAUGCUAGAGUGUAUUGCAUUUUCAUGCCCAAAUCUUGAAUCUAUGGAGAUCUAUACUACUGGGAAGGCAAUCAAUCGGAUUACCGGUGAUGAACUGAGUCGAUUUGUUGCUGAUAGAAGAUUACUGAAAAGCCUUAAGAUGGAAGGUUGUUCUAAUAUAGGCGGCUUUGCUCUCUGUUCAUCAAGUCUAUUGACACUUUGGCUUUCGGGUCUUCAUUCCCUUUCUAAGAUGGUUUUCAACUGCCCUAAUUUGAAAGAGAUUUCUAUUGAUUUUUCUCGCCAAGGAAAUGACAAUACUGAUCUCAUAACAAUGGUUGAUGGUCUGGGAAGGAAUUGCCCAAGGCUUCAAAACAUACACAUUGCAUCAGUCCGGCUUUCACAUGCUGUUGUCCUCGCCCUUACAGAUGCUCAAUUAAGGGAUUUGCGAAUGCUGUCUCUUGUUCUUGGAUCUCAAAUCACUGAUGCAUCAGUUGCUGCUGUAGCUUCAACCUAUCCCUACUUAGAAUUGCUUGAUCUGAGCGGAUCUAGUAUCAGUGACAGUGGCAUUCAGAUCAUUUGCAAUGUGUUUCCUGAAACUCUGUCAAGGCUACUUGUUGCUCUUUGUCCCAAUAUCACUACAAUGGGUAUAGUAUUUGCCACAACUCAACUGCCUCUUCUCGAGCUGAUGGACUGUGGCAUGACGAUAUGCGAUCCCAAUGCUUCAGAUCCUACCUCUGAAGAAAGCAGUGACUUUCAAUUAUCAAUGACAUCAAAAGCCAAAGCACACCUCAUUUGCCAGAAUCUGAUAAUCAAACAUGGCCGAUUAAAAAAACUUAGCUUGUGGGGCUGUACUGGCUUAGAUGCUCUAUCUUUAAGCUGCCCAGAACUCAGUGAUCUAAAUUUAAAUUCUUGUAACAAUUUGCAUCCAGAGAGAUUGUCACUUCAGUGCCCAAAUUUAGAAAAGGUGCAUGCAUCAGGUUGUCAACGGAUGUUGAUUGGAGCCAUUCACAGUCAGCUCCAUAAUACUGCUGCUACUAUGGAAAGCCUAUUAUUACCAUGCAAGCGUCUAGCCAGUGGCUCCAAGAGGAUUCGGGUUCCACAUUAUAUGAUGGAACAGAGUUUGCAGUCAUACGAGGAUGAUAAGAAGCGAAGAAGGGUUGAACGGCGGCCUUGUAAUGUGCUUUUCUAGAUCAUCGCAUGCCAUCGGGACAUUCCUAUACCUUAAACAUGGUGCACCAGGCCUUGUUUCUCCGUAAGCCGAAGUGUCAUACUCGAUCCUAAUCACUACAGGAAGCUGGUGCAUUGUACAAUAGCAUUCACCUCGUGGAAACUGAACUGUGUUGUAGCUUCAAACUAGUGUUCCAAAAUUAGGUAAACAUUAGAUCCCUAGAUAUCAGACUUAAAAUUUAUAAACUCAAUUCAAAUAAAUUGUAUCACUUUUAUAUUUCAACCCUUUGGAUUUCUGAAUUGUAAGUGCAUCCGAGAUGUUCCCACCAGCUUGGUUUCAGUAGAAGCUGGACUAUUUCAUGUUUCGGAUCAUUUUUCUUUUGUAUUGAAUUUCUUUCUUGAG